ACCUCACAAUCCCCUCACCUGCGGUCAUUAAUCAGUUCUUUUUUGGUCUCAGAAUUUCUCUUCUCAACCACUAUUAGUUGAAUUUCAUUAUAGCCCUGGCUCGUUAAAUGUUUCAUUACUAGGAUCUCAACACAUCAUGGUAGGAUCUGGAGAUAUAUAUGUAUAUCUGAAUUUAUCAAGGAGUCCAUUGGUAAUAGGCAAUAGGGAGACCUGAAGAGGGAUCUAGCACACGAUCCGCCGUGUCAUCCACGAGCAGUAAGUUACUGUAUCCAUGCUAUCGAACCCUUCCCAAUAGGUGCUGAGAAACAUCUGUAGUGCGCCAUCCAAGGUAAAGGUCUCUAUGGUUCGCUGUGAGCUUCAGAGUUAACUGGUGCAGCAUGCUUGACCAUGAACUCCUACCAAGAGGAUAAAUGCCAGUCCCAGAUUAAUGCCUUAUACGAAUGCUGUAAUGCUUUCUACAUAGAACGAGGCGAGGAUGCGAAAACUCCUAGCUGCCCUAAACCUAGUUUGCUGAGGCUCCGAAUGAAGCAACGCGACCAGAAGCACUCUUAGGGAGGCUAUUGUGCUCCCUAUAUUAAGAGUGCUGGUGUUGCUCUUCUGCAUAUAUCUAUGCUUAUGUAUAUAAUCCGUGCUGUUAUCAUAUAUAUCUGUUUCAUUCGACCUAUGCAGGAUAUGGAUGUUGCGACGUUGCUGGUAGAGCCUUGAGAGAGGAGGGUGUACCAAUUCCUUUGCAAUCUGAGCUCUCAUGUAAAGUGAAGAGCUAGGAUAUUUAUAAGAAUUGGCAGGAUUGCUCUAAGACAAUCUUGAGCACGCAGAGAGGCCGUUAGCCUGAACGAAGAUUGAAGCGCUCGUUCCGAGACUCUAAUGAUUGCCUAUUGACA